UGAACUUUCAGAGCAACCGACUUCCCUCUUGCGCCCAGAGUCUGUAUUUCUCUGCUCCCCGUCAUGGCGGCUCAGAUCCGGGCUCUGGUGUCCGGUCAGUGGCUGGCAGAUGCAGUCAGAAACAACCUGGUCGGACCCAAACUCCGCAUUCUCGACACUUCUUGGUACCGCUACCUUCCAAACACAAAACGAGACCCGAAAGCAGAAUUCGCGCAGAAGCAUAUCCCGGGCUCCUCGUUUUUCUGCAUAGACGAGUGCAGCGAUAAGACCUCGGCGUUUGACAACAUGCUGCCCACUUCCAGUCACUUCUCUCAGUAUGUUGGAAAGCUGGGCAUCGGUAAUGACACCCACGUAGUGGUUUACGACACCAGCGACUUCGGCUCCUACUGCGCGCCCCGGGUGUGGUGGAUGUUCCGGACGUUUGGGCACAGUUUGGUGUCGGUGCUGGACGGAGGCUUUAAAAACUGGCUAGCGGAUGGAUAUCCCGUGACUUCAGAGUACUCCAAGCCAGAGACGUUGGAGUUUAAGGCGACAGCGAAUCAAUCCUGGGUGAAAAGUUACGAAGACAUACUGGAAAACAUCAAAACUAAGCAGGUACAAGUGGUGGACGCCAGGUCGGCUGGGAGGUUCAGAGGGACCGAGCCGGAGCCCAGAGAUGACAUCCUGCCAGGACAUUUCCCCGGCACCAUCAACAUGCCAUUUCCUACAUUCAUGGAUGCUUCCGGUAAAGAGCUUGCACCUGAUGCCCUGUCCAGACUGUUCAAAGAGGCGGGUAUAGACCUGGAGAAACCCCUCUGGGCCACCUGUGCAUUUGGUGUCACGGCGUGCCACGUUGCCCUGGCUGCUCAUAUCCUUGGGCACCCUGGGGUGCCCAUUUAUGACGGCUCCUGGUCUGAGUGGUUUAAGAGGGCGUCUCCAGAGCUGAUCAUCUCAGAGGGAGAGGGGAAGAAGGUCUGAAUGGAAGAGGAAGGGAUCAUAUCCAUGGCCUUUUCUGACAGUGAUGCUAAUAGAUAGAAUAUGAUCCAACCAGCCUUAUAGUAUGCACUUUGUAUUUAAAUUGCAACAUUGCAAAGUAACUAAUGAUGUGUUAAUUGCAAAAAGGAUUGGGCUCCUUUAAUUAAACGAGGGGGUCUUGAGACCCUGUUACUUUCA